UUUUCACUUCUCACCCGCGCUCAGUAAAUCGCUUCCUUCUACCAAAGCGACGUGCGUGUUCUGCACUCUGUUUUCUGUUACUCUACCUUCGUCUCUGUUUCUCAUUUACAUUUUUCACGUUUUUCAGAUUUUUCCAGAUCUCUAUCUCCUUAAUCUCCUCUAUUCUGCAAAGUAACUACAUUCAGUUUACACGAAUUACUUCCACUCACUGAAAACCCUAGAAUACGACCUCCGAUUUACUUUCUCUGGAUCAGAAAUGCGUUGUGUCUGAUCCCGCUUUUUGAUUGAUAUACGACGACACACACAGAGAUAGAUAGGAAUUUUAGCUAGAGAAGAAAAGCUGGAGCAAUUGAAGACGAUAGGGAGGGAGCUAGCAAUGGGCUCCCAGGGAGGGUUCGGGCAAUCCAAGGAGUUUCUGGAUCUGGUGAAGUCCAUCGGAGAGGCACGAUCUAAGGCGGAGGAAGAUCGCAUCGUUGUUCAUGAGAUCGAGACCCUGAAACGGCGAAUCGGUGAGCCCAACAUCCCGAAGAGGAAGAUGAAGGAGUAUAUCAUCCGAUUGGUGUACGUGGAAAUGCUGGGCCACGAUGCUUCCUUUGGCUACAUCCAUGCCGUGAAGAUGACCCACGAUGAUAGCCUCGUACUCAAGCGGACGGGGUAUCUGGCUGUUACUCUAUUCUUGAACGACGAUCACGACCUUAUCAUCCUCAUCGUGAACACCAUCCAGAAGGAUCUAAAGUCAGACAAUUACUUGGUGGUCUGUGCUGCGCUUAAUGCCGUCUGUAAGCUCAUCAACGAGGAGACGAUUCCCGCGGUUCUGCCUCAAGUGGUCGAGCUGCUUGGCCAUCAAAAGGAGGCCGUCAGAAAGAAGGCUAUAAUGGCCCUCCACCGGUUCUACCAGAAGUCGCCCUCCUCUGUCUCCCAUUUGGUUUCCAAUUUUCGCAAGAGGCUCUGCGACAAUGAUCCUGGCGUUAUGGGUGCCACUCUCUGCCCACUCUUCGAUCUUAUCACUGUAGACGUUAACUUUUACAAGGAUUUGGUCAUCAGCUUUGUAAGCAUUCUCAAGCAAGUUGCUGAGCGCAGGUUGCCCAAGACUUAUGAUUAUCAUCAGAUGCCGGCCCCAUUCAUCCAGAUCAAGUUGUUGAAAAUUCUGGCGCUGUUGGGAACUGGUGACAAGCAAGCUAGUGAAAGUAUGUAUACUAUUGUGGGAGACAUAUUCAGAAAGUGCGAUUCAGCAAGCAAUAUAGGAAAUGCCAUUCUUUAUGAGUGCAUUUGCUGCGUUUCUUCCAUACACCCCAAUACGAAGUUAUUAGAAGCUGCUGCUGAUGUGAUAUCUAGAUUUUUGAAGAGUGACAGUCACAAUUUGCAAUACAUGGGCAUUGAUGGCCUUGGUAGGCUGAUAAAGAUAAGCCCAGAGAUUGCUGAACAACACCAGCUGGCUGUGAUUGAUUGCUUGGAGGAUCCAGAUGAUACACUGAAGAGAAAAACGUUUGAGUUACUCUAUAAAAUGACCAAAUUCUCCAAUGUGGAAGUGAUUGUUGAUCGCAUGAUUGAUUACAUGAUUAGCAUUAGUGACAAUCAUUACAAAACUGAAAUUGCAUCUCGGUGUGUGGAACUGGCCGAGCAAUUUGCACCUAGUAAUCAAUGGUUUAUUCAGACCAUGAACAAAGUCUUUGAGCAUGCAGGAGAUCUGGUGAAUGCUAAGGUGGCACAUAACUUGAUGCGAUUGAUUGCUGAAGGAUUUGGAGAAGAUGAUGAUACUGCAGAUAGUCAACUAAGAUCAUCUGCUGUUGAGUCGUACUUGGGUAUUAUUGGGGAGCCAAAGCUUCCAUCUGUAUUUCUUCAAGUUAUUUGUUGGGUUUUGGGAGAAUAUGGAACUGCUGAUGGAAAAUAUUCUGCUUCAUAUAUCACUGGCAAGUUGUGUGAUGUGGCAGAGGCCUAUUCAAAUGAUGAAACAGUGAAGGCAUAUGCAGUUACAGCACUCAUGAAAAUCUACGCAUUUGAAAUAGCAGCAGGAAGAAAAGUGGAUAUGCUACCAGAGGUAGGCUCUAAUGGUUUAAAUUUCCUGUUUUGA